AUGAGCGCAACUUCAAGCGGCAACGGUGAAAUGGGACAUUCGUCUGUGGAAAGUUAUUCUGAGGUUAAUUUAAAAAUAAAAUAAUAGGUUUUGAGUCCUCGAUAUUUUCAGAGUAUUAAACCUUUUGGAGCCAAGCCAAUGAUGACUAGAAGCUCUUCGAAAUCAGAUGUUGCUGAAGUAUGGAAUUUUCAUGAAUAAUUAGGCAACAGGUUUUUUAGGUUCCGAAUCUAUCAAAAAGCUCUGGAGGAUUAAAGCGAAUGACGGGUAUGGCGAAACUCGAACCUAUGAAGGAUAUAUUUCCGGUAUACAUUACGUUUAAUUAUGGAAAAUCACAUUGAUGGAUGUUUUAACCUGUUUCAAGACCACUUUUUUUUUGAGAAAAAUACAAAGUUUUCGUUUCAGGAGACCGGGGAGUUUUCUCCCAGUCAAAGAAAACGCGCUAAGCAAGAAAGUUCAGAGGCUAAUUUUGAGUUAAAGGUAUGAAAAUUUUCAAAAAAUCAGAGCUAGAUUGAUUUUUCUACCAUAGAACGGUAUGCCAUCAAGUCCCUUGAAAAGAAAUCGGAAACCCGAAAUAUCUUCCAAGGAUCCACAAGUUGCAACUUCGAGUUCUGUGGAUCUUCAUUCUAUAUUCAACAUCCCUAAAAAGGUUUUUAUUUUGUUACAAGUUCUAAGUUGAAAUUAAUUAAUAUUUCAGUUUUUCGAUAAAAGUCCCACGAAAAAAGUUAGAAAAGAUGUCGCAGAAUCCUGCAGCCCGAAAAAAUUCCUUGCAAGUUCAUGCAGCUUGUCGAAUUUUGCAACCGGUUCUUUCCCUAAGAAGGUGGAAAUUUUAAAAAUUGUGGAAAAUGAUAAAUUUUCAGCCUCUCGAUUUACUACCGCCGAGCCCUUCCAAGAGGAUGCGCAAACCUUCAGAAUUAUGCUCUUCGAAAAACUUGAAUCGACUUGAAAAAGUGAGAUUUUUCAGAUUAUUUCCAAAAACAUCGCGAUUUUAGGAGUCACAUGCUUUACCACGAAGUCCUACGAAAAGAACUCAGAGACAAGCUGCGGAUUCCCUCGGAAGUGGCCUUUCUUCUUCCUUGAGUGUUGCCAAUCUGUUACCUUUUGAUUGCGGGACGAACAUGGUCAGUUCGAAAUUAAUUGAUAUUUCAGUUUUUCGAUAAAAGUUCCACGAAAUCAUAUUUUCUGUUCAACUGCGUAGCAUUUUCGUGAAUAAGAGCUCUGAAUACAAAUAACUUGAGAUUUUUGAUGAGAAUGAGAAAACGUAAAAUUUGGAUCGAUCAACGACUUUUUCGUAUAUAAAGUAUGGAAGAGAACUUUUCAGAUGCACAGGUCGAUUUCAAGACAGAAGCUGGCCCCGUUGAAAAUAGAACCCGCAGGACCGAACGACGAAUCCAACAAGAAAUUUUUGUCUUCAAGCAAAAGCGUCGCCAAUUUGGAACGGACAUCCAAAGUCACGCCGCUUCGCCUUUUUAUCGACGAAAAGACGCCCGGCGGAACUAUUUCCAAAGUUUCGCUUGUGAGGAAGGCGAGGGAUGAGGUCGGUUCUAUCAUGGGAAAAAUUACACGUCUAAAUUUUUUCAAGCGUUUUAAAACAAAAAAAAAAAGCAUUUCCUAGUGAAAUUUUUAGUUGUAUGCGAUCGAGUGAAUUAUGGAAAAAAAAUAUUUAGCUAUUAUAUUACAAAAUACAAAAGCUUUGAGCUAAUAUAUCCUGUGAGGCGUUUUGUCAAAUAAAAACCGACGGAUGGGGAUUGAAUUCGAGAAUACGGUCUUUUGCUAAACGGAGUACUGUGAGAACUUUAAAAAGGGAGUUUGUUGAAAUCUAUUAUUAUCCUAGAUUUUGUGAUAUCCAUCUUUUUCCGCUGAGAAUCGCAAUAAUCAAACUUUUCUCAACAAAAUUUUUCUACUUAACAUGUCCUCAAGCAAUAGCUUUGUAGUGAGAUAACAACGAGGAAAAUAGAUAAUUAAUUAAAUGAUCAAAAUGUGUAGAGAUUGAAAAUCUUUUAGGAAUAAUCCAAGGUAAAAUGACGCUUUUUAUUAAAAAAAUGUGUUCAUUAUGGACGUAAGCGACUAGUGUUUCUUGAGAAAGUUUUUAUCGAAGUAUAUCUCGAAACAUCUUUCCGUUUUCAGGAGAUCAAACCAAGAGUUGUCCGUCGGCGUUCUAGUAGCGUCUCGGCGUUAUGUGAUCGCAAAAAAGAAGAAGAGCCGCCAAAAAUAGAGGAAGAAUCGGAGCGGAGGUACCCGAAAAGGAUACGGAGACAGUCGGAAUCGGUAUUUUUCUCAACAAUAAUUGGAUAGAAGAUCUUUUUUUACAGUUUUCAAGUUUGUAUGUUUUUCCUGCGAUGAGACGCAGCGUCAGUGUCGAUUCUUUGGCCAAGUUGAACCAAAAGAAAAAGCCGAAAGAGAAAUCGGACGCCAAGAAAAACUCCCCGAAGACGAUAGAAAACGCGUCGCCAGCAGAGAAAAAGACGAUCAGGACGUCGCAAAAGAGCCAAAAAGUUUGAUUCCUGAAGAUUGAAUCGAAAGUACGAAAAAGGGCUUUUUAAGGCUUCGUCACCAGUGAAGUCGAGAUUCGGACGUUGCUCGCCUCUCCUCGAGAUUCCGACCCCGAAAGUCAGUUUUCUAUUGAUCUCAUCUUCUAAAGUACAAAGCAAAAGUUAAUUUCAUUACAGGCGGAUUUUUAUUCUUUAGAAAAAUGAAUUUUUCUACAUUUUAACUAAUUUGGAAACUAUAAGGAGACAUAAAUUCCAAGUUUUUCAAUAAUCAACGUUCUAAUUCAUAUUACCCUCCUUAAAGACCAUCAAAAAUGACCGUAUUCAGCAAAAAUUAAAUUUUCAAUUUUGGCUCCAGGAGCCGCUCAGCGCCACUCCUAACACAAGACGACGAGCUCGCGCCAAUUCGGAGACUUUGGGAACGCCGAAAAUAGUUCAACGAGAUGAAACUCCAACACUGGCGAAAACGAAAAAAACGCCAAAGUUGAAACGAGAAUCGCCGACUUUGAAAAAAGCCAAACUUAGGACUCCAUCUCCAUCAAAUUCGGUUAGUUUGAAUUUAUCGAGAAUAGUUUGAAAGAAUCUGAAGGCCAAAGGGAUUCCGUUUCAUAGAGCAAGGAAGUCCAUUUCACUUUGCGGCUGAGAGUUUCCGGAACGGCCUGAAUCCUCCUUGGUAUACCGGACAAAGAUUCUAAAAGUCCUAACCUGCAAAAUUUUCUAGUUUUUGAGAGAGAAAACAUCAAAGUCAAUGAAACCCUUUAAAAACCGGGGAAAAUACGCCAUUUCGGUGAUUGGAGUCUUUGUUUAUCGAAGGAUAGAAGGUUUUCAGGCGGAGGCUUCCUAAAAUCCUUCUUUUGGUACAGCAAAAAGUAUUUCGGCCAAUUUUCAGGAAAUUCCCAACCGCAAAAUUUUUUAUAUAUUAAAGUUUAUUUUUCAAAUUUUUUUGAAUUUUUGAUUCAUUGAGCGUUUUUUUCAAAUCAAAGGGAAUAUUUUUCAAGUUUGAAGUAUUUACAAUUUUCAUUUCCGAAAAGUUUUUGAAUCAAAAGUUCAUUAUCAAAUUGUUCUUGUUAGUCAAACCUCAUUAAUUAGUCACUUUCUCAGCUUCUUUCUUCGUUAUUACUCAUUAUGUCUCACCGCAAUUGUUUUAUCGAGGGUUUGUCCGGCCGAUUAGCUUUUUGUAGCUUUUCGACGUCUGCGCGAAAAAAAACCGGGCGUCCGAUGAGUCAUCAAUUGUUUUGAUUUGUUCUGCGUGAAAAAAGAAACCUUCGAAAAUUUCAAAGGUCGUGUGUCCAUUGAAAUGUUUUUGUUUGGGACCAAAGUACAUGAUUCGAAACGUUUUUUGGAGGUUCUCUGGCUCUUUUCAAGACUUCGCUUGGCUACACUAAGGCUUGAUGGGAAGAUUAGUCAUCGUUCAAAAAAAGUAUUUAGAAAUUAAAUUAUGGAAGGAUUCUCCUUGCAAAAUUUCAACUUGGAGAAAUUUAAAACUUUUUUUGUCCAAACGGUUCGAAACAAAUUCUUCGAACUUUCAGCACAGCAAUAUUUAUAAUCCAUUUUUGGUCCAUGCCAAAUAGCUCAAUGCGAAAUCCGUUUUCACGCCUUUUUGAAUGAAAUAACAGUUUUGCUUCAAGUGGACAAUAGGCUGCAGAACGUGUAUUGUGAUCUGGGCGGGAAAUCGGAAAGAGAAGGCAAACAAAGCGAAAAUUUUCGCCUGGAGGCUAUUCGCCGUCGAGCAUUGUGCAUUAAUGAACAACCGUUAUUGUUGUCGUCUCAUUGGAUCUUCUUUUGUCUUCAGUUUUGGCUUUCUUCAAUUCUUUUGGUUGUUUUUUAUCAGUUUAGAAAGUUUCUGAAGGGAUCUUCUGUUGCUAGAAGAAAUCGACUUGAAAGCUCAUUCAUCUGAAAAAUAACGUUGCUCAAAAAUAAUCUAGCGUAGGUUGAAUUUCCCGAGAAUGAUUCAAUAUCUUCUUAAAGUCAUAGAAACAAUAUUGAAAUAAUUUUUCUCAAUCUGGACUUAGGAGACGAGAUUAUCCUUUUCAGUUGUAGUGUGAGCAUUCCUUCACAAUUUUCAAAACUUCCCUUUUUUAUUGGUCUGGCAGUUUGAGAGAAUUUUCUUCCGUCCAGGUCUCUGAACACUGUUGUCCUUCUGAUCUUUGUUGCUCAUGCUUGACCACUCGAGUCGUUCCCGGGUGUUCGGCUUCUGGAGUUUUUCUCGAGUGUUCCGCGGGAAUCAUGAUCUUUCUUUUGCCUCCUCCUGUGCUCAUUUUCUUCCUUUUACGAGGUCGCUUCCUAUUUCUCGGCUGAUUUCGGACUGUUCUCUUGUUUGUCUCGCUUCAGUGUUAGAUCUCUGAGAAAUAUCCUAAUGGAUCUUUUUUCUUUGUAGCCUGUCAUUCUAAACUUUCCAAGAAACCGAUUUUUGUUUGUCGGUUCAAUGUACCGACGACGAAUCCACCUUCCUCCUAUCACUUUAAUCCAUCCGUGUUCUUGUACCUUUUUGAUUGAUGGCGAGCGGUUUUUGCACGGAUCCUGCAGCUUUCCGCCGACGUUGACCGUUCUCUUCUCUAUCAUUCUCUCGAAUUGCAUCAUUCACGGAGAAAAGUGUUGGAAAAGUCCAGAAUAGUUACCGUUCAUUUCUGUUUUCCUUCCUCUUUUUCUGCGCGAAAUUUUUAAAAAGUGUUCGAAAGCCAUUCCGGGGAUCUCCUCUGAACACUAGGGUUUUCGAAUAAUGUUUUUUUGUUCAAGUUUUAAAAAUAAUAGUAGGUACUUUUUGAGCUUUUUUAUCGUUGUGGAAAAUGCGAACAGGUUCAACGGAAACUUUCUUCUUCAUUUUUGUAUUAGUUUUGAAAGUGAGUUCUAAAAUGUUUACACAUCAUAAAAUACCACGGAACGUGAUUAUCCGUCUUAUAUUUUCAAAUUCAUAUUUUUUUGCGAAUAUGAUAUUUUUGUAUUAUGAGGGAAGUGGGAAUCUAUUCAUUGUAUUUCAUUCUUUUGGACUCAAGAGAGAAAUUAAUUAGGAAAUUGGCAGCUAAGAACCUGUUAACUAUAUCGCGUUGAGAAUCUUAAGAGGGAAUUCUGUUUUGUUCUCGGAAUUUUUCUAUAACGUACUUUCCAGAAAUUUUCAAACGACAGAGGAAGAAAAAACUUUGUUCUUGAAUGCGUCUGCAACUGCCAAAAGAGUAGAACGUUUAUAUUAUUUUCCGCGUUUUCAGGCUCGCUCAGGGACGCCGAACGGGAUGGCGACAGCGACGGUGCAGCGGACGACGCCGUCGUCGCGACUUCUGGAAACAGACGUCUUCUUGACGCCUCUGGCCGCCCCGAUCACUCGCGCCAAGAGGAAUCCGCGGCUUCUCAAGGCUUUCGAGGAACGCUGGAACAUGGAACUGCCAGUCGAUGUGGCCGUUGAGGUGAAUCAAAUGGAAAAAAAAAGUAAUUUCGAAGGAAGUAGUUUUUGGUGAAGAAGUCUUAAAAACAGUCUUUAUAAAUAAUUAUACUUUUUCUGAUUCUGUUUUCUCUCUAUUUUGCGUUGUCUGAGAAAAAAAGAGUAAUUGAAUCUUGAUAUCAUUAUUAGAUAAUAAUUUAGUCGUGAUUAAUCAAGUUUAUCAAAAUAUUAAAAUAUUCUUCUAAGAAGCGCAUGUUUUCUUUGCAUUGAUUGGUCUCAAAAAAAUCAAAGUUUUUUUUCAAUUCAAGUAUUCUCUCUUUACAGCCGCCCGUAUCCGAACUCAAGGACUGUGAAGUGAAAAAGAUGGUUUCUGGCUCUUCAGAAACCGCAUAUUUUUCUUGUCUUUCGAAAGAAACCAGUGCAGAAUCGCAAGAAUCCGUCGACGUCUUCGUGACGCCGAGGGAGUCGCUCACGAUGGGAUUUGAUAUUCAAGGUGCGUUAUUUCAGAAGUCGCUCAGAAUACGUUGAAUAUCUCACGUCCCCAGAAUACUUAGAAAGUCUUCCUGUCAAGUUUUUCAUUUUCUCACAGUACGUAUUUUUUCCAUAGUUCUCUUGUUGAAGUGUCCCUCUGACAAACCUACGAAUCCGGUUCGAACUGAAGGAGAAAAAGUGGAGACGGCAAAGAACGCCGGGAUUUUUUGAGCCGGAAGCUGACCGUUUAACGAAGGCGACCGUUCUUCGGUUGCCUGUUUACCUGACCUCGAAAGUCGUCUUCAAUCAUUCUCACCUGGUCACGUCGUCUGUGCAAAAAUGUGCCUAUUUCAAGUUGUUUGUGGGCCGUUUGGAGAGAUUCGCGGCCAUCUUCUCGAGAAAAAACCAUCUUCGGAAGUUGUGAAUCUGUCAUCGACAAAUGGCCAGAUGUCGUGGCAGUGGUGUGGAAUUCGCUCUCUGUUUUCCGAUCUUUUUUGAUCGUUUUCUUGGAAGAUGAAGUUUUUCGAUCGAAAAAGACUUUGAUCCAAAUAGACACGAGAGUCUCAAAUCUGCCGUUUCAAGCUGUUCACAGUUAUACACAGUUCUCGUAUUAAAAGUAGUUUUCGGAAUUUUUCCUCAUCUUCAUGAAGUUUUUGGCGAAAUCCGUAUGAAUUCAGAAACGAGCUCCAGUUUUUUUUUUCCUUUAUGAAAUUCUCAAGAAUUUCUGUUCACCUAGGACUGAAACUUGUUUGGCAAAUACUAUAGUAUAAUUUUAAAAAAACCUAAUUUUUCAAAAAUGAAAAAAACAUAUUUUUCCCUCAAGGCAUUCGUGUUCCGAAGAGACAAUUAAAUCAUCGAUGACUCCAUGGGAACCAACAAAUUGCGAAACCGAGAAAUUUGUCCUUCGACCUGAAUUUUCUCUCCCAAACCUCGUGGUUCAGGUCACUUGAACCCUGCAAACUACACUUCUACGGCGCAAGAAAAAGAAAAAAAUCACAUCGAAUCGAAUCGAAGGAAGACCAAGACGAGCUUCCGUUUUUUGUGACGAUCGCGCUUUAGCCUUCUCUCUUUAUCAAAGAUGACGCUUUUGAACUGUUACACCGGUCUUUGCCGGCUGAUUUGUAAGCUUGUUGGAACCGCCGAACAAAUUUCGAAGGAUCAGGCUGCGCGAAGAAGUGAAAACAAUAAUCGAGUGAAUCACUGGCGGUUUUUUCACAAUCGAGAAAUCAUCGAGCCGCGACUUCCCUUUUCGGCGAGCUUUGUCAUGUCCUCUGUUGACGAUUGAUUGCGUCAUCUUUUUGAGUGUUUUCCUGUGUUUCCAGUUUCUCUUCACAAUGGUGUUUAUAUCGUAUAGCAACUUUUAAAGAGUUUUUGAUGAUCUAAAAAAGAUUUCUUGUCUGCCUGAAACUUAGCAACCUUAUUUAAUAGUUUGUCGAACAACUCUAUUGCAUUAUUUUUUAGGUCAUUAGUUUGUUUUUUCGUAGACUUUCUCGAAUUUCCUAGUUGUCACUGAUACAAGCUUCAUUUGGUGAUUGCCGGUUUUCUCGGGCGAAAAAAUGGCCGCGUUCCUUCGGUUUGUGUCACGUCGUAUUUUUCGGUCCCACCAAUGGAAUCUACGUCAUCAGACGUCUUCUUUGGCGUUUUUCUUUGCUUUUUUUGGUCGUCCGCUUCGAUAAUGUGACACGUCUUCUUAUCCUUUCGUCCUUGUCCGCGAGUCUUGAAGCCUAUCCUUUUUUCGAGGAUUUCACAGAGAAUUUUUCGAAAGAUGUUAAGUCAUGGAUUCGGCAAAGUACCAUAAUCUGCACCAAGAAAAAGCUGAAAAUUGAUUUUUAAAAAUAGCGCAUUUUUUUGUGUGACAUCUCUAAUUCGUGUUUUCUUGAAAGGACUUCUUGUAGAUCCUUAGAUUUCAGCGUUUUAGGAUUUCUGAGCGGGUGAUCUUUUGAUCUUUUUCUGACCACGAUGUGAAUGAGAAAAGAGUUAACUUAUCGAAAGAGAAAGGUUUGGGGGCGAAAAUGGAAUCGCAUGGUUUUUUUUUUUGGCUAAGUUCAUUCUUGAAUUUGAAGUCGAACUGCUGUUUUCGAAAAAAAUUUCGAAGGAUGUCAUGAAAAGUUGAAAAAUCAAUUUUUUAUUGUGGAACCAACCUCGCGUUUUUUGAAAGGCGCACGUUUUUGGUCUGAAUUCGGUUUUAUAACUUUGUGUACCGAACAUCUUUCGGUCUUCUUAAUGUACUGCAACGGAAACUGACUCCAUACAUCAAAUGCAGCUGAUUUUUUUUAUUGUUGACGUUGACCUACGUUCUAAUGAAUAUUUUUGUUUUCAGUCUUUUUUUUUGCUGUAAUGUGAUUCGGACCGUUCUGAAUCUCGCUUUUUUAUAUUUUUCUUAACAUUUUGAACAUCUGUUUUCAAAAGCGGAAAAAAAAGACUUCAUAAUUUUCUUGAGUUAUCAAAAGACGUUUUUGAGCAGUUUCUACACUCAGCUAAAAAAAAAGCGGAAUAAUUUAUUAGCGUUUCUCCUCGAUCAGUCGAAAAUAGCGCGGAUUCACAUCAAAAAUGGCCAGAAUUAUUUGCAAUUCAAUAUGCUUUCUGUUGGGUUCCACAACCUCACGAUUUUAAGGGAAGGAAAAGAAGAAAAAAUCAUUCAAAAAGCUCUUCAAUGUGGUCAAACAAAAAAAGUUGAUUUUCAAAUCUUUUUUUUGUGGUUUUUUCUGGCCGAAACCAAGUUGAGAUUAACCAACGAAAACUUUGAAGAGAGAAUUUAAUCCUUUUCUCGUGGUUUUUCGGCAACUGCUGGAAAUAGUUCUCCUUUUGACUGAACUUCUUUCAUGGUUCCAUGAAUUCUGAUAUGUUUUUGAACCUUUUCUCGGUCAAUAAUGAAAGCCUCAGUGACUUCUGGUUCCGUGUUUUGUUCUCCUUUUCCAUUCUUUUUUUUUCCGAAGAAAGACGCGUUUUUUUUCUUUUAUGUUAGGAAUAAUGGCUUGUUUUAAUACAUUUGUUUUCACACCCGGAGGAUUGUUUCAUUCAAUAUUUAUGGAAUAGAAGCGUUCAGAUGGUUUUUUGAGCUAUUGAAAUAAUCUUUUUUUUUUGGAAAAAUGCUGCUAAUCAAGUUAGAAAGGAGCUGAUCAAGUUUAAAAAAAGCAAAACCAUUUUCAAUAUAGUCUUUAUUCUGAUCUUCGAUAUGUGAAUUUUUUAAAACUUUUCUUAUUCAACUAAUUUUUUUUUUUUGAACUUUUCCUACAUCCUUUAUCCGUUGAUAUCAUCCCUGUGGUUGUCUCAUGCGCCAUGGGAAUAUUUCUCUCCAAAAAGGAGUCCUCGUUUUUUUUGUGGAUGUGGAACUAUGAGCAGGGCUAAUAUAGGCAUUUUUCAUUGCGAAAUAUAUUCGGAAAUAAAUUAUAGUUAAAAAAAUAUUUUUUUCAAAGAUUUUUUUAGAAAUGAACAGUGAUUUCAAAUUGAUGGUAAAUUUUGAUAAUCAAGUUCCAGUGAAUGUUCUUUGGAUGAGUAUGACACAAAUUAUAGUUUUUUUCUGCCUAGGUACACUAGAAACUUCUGUGUUUUCUGAUAAGAUAACUGUACUUUCUUCCCAUUUCGAAAGAAAGACACAGUCUUCCAGGUAGGAGAACAAAAAAGGUUGGGAGAUCCCUUCUCUUUUUUUCGUAAUCGUGUCUGGACUGGUUCUGCAGGGCGCCAUUUUUCUUUCUGUGAUCAUUGAAGCGGGAAAAGAAGUUGUUGGCGACGAUAAGACGAUAACAACUUCUCAUUUUUCGGACUUUUGAACAUAUUGCCAGGAAGUGACGGAUUUUGAUUGCAAAAAUAUGACAAAAAAGAGAGAUUUAAAAAAAAAUUGAGCAAUUAUACAAUUUUUUUUUUUUUGGCCUUGAUACUAUGUGAUAACAUAAAAAUAUGGAGAUGAGGUUUGUUUCAUGAUAGAAUAUAAAAAGAAAAAAUUUUCCGAAAAUGAAUUUAAUAUAACGAAAUAAUAGAACAAAAUCGAUCAGAAUAUAAAAGCUUCUUUUUUCAAUUGAACCUCAAAUAAUUUUUCUAUUUCUUAUUAUAUUUCUCACUAGAAAUGGAGAAGCACUGCCCAUGUCAGAGGGUCUUUUGAAGUCUGCAGUUUACUUUUUUUCAGAAAGUUUGAAAUUUUCAAAGGUUGUGAGCUAAACUAUUUUUCUUUUUUUGGUGUUCCAAGGUCAAACAUUUACCGAUCAGCAAGAAACCAGAUGGAAAAAGAAGAAUCGACAGUGCGGCCGUUUUCCACGAAGAACGUAGACCAACCACGUCACAUAACAACUCUCGGCUUACCUUUUUUGGCACCUUUUUCCCGCCCGUUUUCAUCUUUUCCAGCAACACAGAUCACUCUGGUUUUUUUUUCGGACAGCGUCCCAGUCUUCGAAAAAUACCAAAAAGUUUUUUUGAGGGUUGAAAAAUUUUUUUGUUUAUGUUAGAGUAAAAAAAUGUAUCAAAGCAAUUGCCUAGUCAUUUUUCUAUAAUAUGAGCAAUACUGAAAGAGAAGUAUUCCUUAAAAACUAUACAGUUGCCAGGAUUAAUUCAGUCUCCAUUGGGAAUAUGAUAGGAUAUGACACAAAUCAUAGAAAUUCAUUAUUUGAUUUCUUUUCUCUGCAAAUACUGCUUGGGAAUUGUGAAAAGUAUCAUAUUUUUCCUUUUUUUACUGGAUGAAAAGAGGGACAAUCUUACAAGAUUGGCUUCUGAAACUGAAUUUUUGAGCUUCUCCAUGUUGUUUUUAUCGAGCCCUGGAACUCAUUCCGUCGUGACGUCACAGGCUUCAACCACCCAAGUAAUGGGUCGAUCGGACCAGCUGUUGCUCUCGGUUUCUGAUCAACUCCACUGAAAGAAUUUUUUCUCUUUCUGUGUUUUAUGGGGCCGAUCCUAGGUUAUAAGGUUUACUGCGGGGAAUCGCGUGGUUUUUCGAGACUUCAGUUAUUACAGCUGAAAAAGAGUUGUAGCCUAGAAUAUGGCUGAGAAGAACCAAGAACUGAACAGAUACAAACACAAAAGAACAGAAGAAUAAAAAAGACAUCAUUCACGUUUAUUAUUUUUUUUUUCUCAAGACAAUAAUUUAUUCGUGUUCAAAGAUUACGGUAGAGAUUUUAGGAUGUCAUUUUAAGAGUUUUAUCGCCCCGUGACUGACGCAAUUUGUAGAAAUUUUACAUUUUCCUUUUCUUGGCCAUUUCAUCCCUUCAAAACUUAUUAUUUUUUACGAUGCACAUUUUUUGUAUUUUUUUUUUUCUUUCUUAGCGCCAAAGCGGAAUAGCCUGGUUACGCUUUUGCAAUUAUGCUUUGGCGUCGUAAAAAGAACGUUUUUCUUUUUUCUUGGCGAGACAUGUGGCAGCACAGCAACGACUAACAAAAAAUAUAUUUGUAUAUAUCGGUGGAAUCCGAGUUACUUGAGGUUUUUGCAAGCUGUUCCGGGUGAAUUCAGCUUUUUUUCCUCUCUGUUUUGAACUUUUUCCUCUCCAGUUCCAAACGUUGAAAAGGAAUUUGAUCGUUCUCUGCCAACGCUUCGAUGCAAGUGCCUUUUUCUGGACAUAUUGUUUGGACAAUCCAUUAUUUCGGACCGUUUCUGUUUAUUUUAUUUCACGACUCCCGUCGUUUUGCAAAUUUUUGCGCCUUCACGUUGGUUUUUUUUUGGUCUUUUCAAACUCGGCGCUUCAGGAAACAGUUGUAACAUUAUUAUUGCGGGGUGUUUCUCAAGGUUAAAUAUAACAGAAGGAUAAAGGCAUUCGAUUUCUUCGUAGUAAUGAAAAAAUAAUUUACGAAGUUCUCAAUUCAUCUUCAGUUUAAAGAUUAAAAGAAUAAUUUUCCAACAACUUUUAGGAGAUUAAUGCAGUAUAAUAUAGGGAACAAAAAGAGAACAUCUUUAUCAAAAUUAAUGUCUUCAUUGAAAAAAAGAAACGGAAAGUAAAAUUCAAAUAAGGAAUAAGUAGUGAGCCGAGUGAAUCUUUUCGCGAUGGAUUUUCUUUAAUCUUGGUUUGUUCUUCAAAAUCUCGUGUUUUUGCUAUGUGUCGCGUUGUGUUUUAACUGUGUACACGGAGACGGCUAGACAGAGGAGCAAAUAAGCUUCUUGAGGAUGCAAAUAUUGUUUCGGGUGCUUUUGGGGCGAACUUCAAAAAUCGCACUGUUCUUUUUUGUUCUUUGAUUUAUUUUUCCAUCUUUUUUUUUUCGAGAGAAGCUGACUUCAGUAGGGUUAUGGGAAUCGCAAAAGAAAUGCGUCAAUUUUCACUCUGAGUUGUUAUAAACUCUUGUUGGUUUCAAGUCAUUCAAGUAAGGUGGUUUUUAAAGUUUUUGAAGGCCGUUUUGUGUUCAAUUCCACUCGCCUAGUGUUCAAUCAAACAAUAUAAAGUUGAAUUCAGAGGACUAAGUCUCUUUUGCAACCUAGAAAAGCCGGAACUUCGAACCUUCCGAGUUUUACAACUGUCGACGGCGACUUGUACCAGGCAAAGUGUAACUUUUCCCGAAAAUCCUACGACUUUUUCAAAACUCAGCUGAUAAAAAUAAUAAUAAUCAGGCUGAGAGGGUGCCUGGCAGUGCUCUGUUUUUCUGCGAGUCUGUCGUCGAAAAUCACUUUUUUUUUUGCUUCUUGAGCUUUAAUCUUUUCACUGAUCAUCACAGGCUCUUGUUAGUCUCCUUGAAUCAAUCAAUAGUUUUUGUCCAUGGCUGGAAUUGUUCAACUUUUGCACCCUGACCUCCGAAUUAUCAAACACAACUGAAAGUUUAGACGUGGUUGAAUUUUUGAUGCGACAGGACUUUGAAAGAAAACAGCUGUUUGAACGUCCGGAAGUAGUUAAUUUUAUGGCAGUAAAAAUCUCUGAAAAAAGAGAGCAACUGUUGGGCUUCUCAUUACCUUGCAACCCAAAAAAGUGAGACUUUGGCUCGUCGAGAUUUAUCGAGUUUACACUGGAGAACUUGGAGCAUAUCGCAACAAGUUGAAAGUCCGCUAACUUUGAUUUGUCAGUGAAAGGAACACAUUCUCACAAAUUGAGUUCAAGAAAUUUUCCAAUAGUUUUUAGAAUUUGGAAAGCCAUCAAAUUCGAAAAACGCAAUUGUUUUUUCUCAUAGUUUUCACGUUUUUAAAAUCCAGUCAGAUCUUGUGACAAUUUAUUGAAUUUGUCUAUAUUUCUUAACGUUUUUUUAAGUGUAAGAAAUCACCAAAUCAUGUUGUUUGCUCUUGAUUUUUCAAUACUGCUAAAAGAAGAAAUUGGCGUUCUUCGAACUGAUGUCGUCGGCCGCACUAUUUUGACCAACUUUGUCGCUCUUUUUUCGCCAAAUUCACAGAUUUUUUCGUUUUUUGGGUCGUCUCUGGUGAUCAGUGACGUCGAAAGACAUUCUAGGGAUUUGCAACAGAAAAUGAUGAAGUAUAAACUCCGUUCGAAACGAAAAAAUUUCUUUAUUGUUGAAGAUUGCGAUUUCAAAAUUUGAAAACCCUGAAAAAGUCAGUAAUUCAUCCAAGCACUUAAUUUUUUUACGGCUGAAUUUGAAAAGAUCAGAUUCACAGGAACUUCGAAUAGUUCUUCCCAGAAAAGGUUUUUUUCAGUUUGAGUAGUUAUGUCGAAGCUCAUUUGGACGGUCCUAAACAGUAAGUCAAAGUAUUUUUCAGCCGCUUCUACGACUAUUGACUUUUGAUUAUUUUUCGAAUGCAGUGGAGUCUCAUUUCUGUUUUGAUAGCUGCCAUGUUGAUUCAACGUGAACGGAAAAGGUUAAGCAAUCCGACGAGCUUCAACUACGGCGAACCUCUCAAGAAGAGCCGCAAAAGACAAAAUAAAAGUGAAUUGCGGAACAAAAAUCGUUCUCAAGUGUUUUCGAGUUUCCGCGAAUUUCAAAAUCUCAAAGUCAAAAUAAAAAGGCCUUCGAUUUUAUUCUGAAAGAUUUAAUUGAAAUUUGAUCGUUCGGCCAAAAAUAUGAAUUGAAAAAGAAUAUUUUUGUUAUGCAUCCAGCCUUUUAAAAUCCGAAAAUAGUUUUUGAAAACAUGCUCUAGAUCAGCUGGUCUUUUUUUGGUUUUGAAAAUUCAAAAUAAAUUUUAAAAAAAUCAGAAGUGAGCAGAAAAAGUCUGUUUUAUCGAUAUCUGUUCUUUUUGAUUUUGACGGUUAUUUUUUGGAGUCGGUGGCGCCGGAUAGACUGGCUCAUUUCCUGUGCAAAUAACCCGCGCUUCUGGUUACUUUUUCGUCUUUUCACGUAUUUUAUUCGACUCCUCUUUGGAUAGAAGGCUGACGUCAGCAAUUUUUGAUCUCAGACAAAAUCGGAGCCGCCGCGUCUCCGCAAACAUUUUUUGCAUUUUUGAUCCACUUGAUCUCAUCUGAACUCUUUAGUAACAAGCUAAGACUUCAGUCCAGUUGAAAAAGCUGAAUUUUUCUCUUCUCGCAUAAAAUCGAUCACCCUUCAAGUUGAAAUUAUGGGUAUUAACUAUUGAAAGAAUGGUCUUAAAAGUUCUAUUGUUCAAAGAGUUUCCUCCUGAUUUCGAAACUUGGAACAGUUUAUUUCCCACUGUCGACCUUUUUAUUCUAUUUCACCUAUCGGUGGUUUUUUGACUGUUUAUGUUCCAAGACAGAUUUUGCAAAAGAACGAAUAACUUGAUUUUUUGCUGUUUCAAAUGGUUUUUGUGUUUUAGGUGUGACCGUACUCCAUGAAGAAAUUAGAAUUAAAGAUUCAGAUAAUUUAGAAAAAGGUUACAUUCGCUAAAUUCUAGUUUGGUCUCGCGCUUCAAUCUGACCACACUACAAAAUACUUUUGUUGACCUCUCAACAGGAUUCGAAAUUGUUUGCAAGGGAAAAGCUCGAGGGAAAUGUGGAAAAAUCAGCGGCGUACCACCAGAUUAAUCGUUUUCCGGGUGUUUUCGUGGCUCGAGCCGUUUGUCCUUUGAAACAUCAAAAAGCGCGAUUUCUCUCUUUGCCCGCUUCAGAUGAACUUUCAACUAUUUCCGGUUCAUUCUUUCGGCUCAGAGUAAACGAUGCGAGAGUUUCAUAUUAAUUUCAUAAUUAGUUAUUUUUUCACUCUACUUAAUUUAUAAAUCUUGAAUAAGAGAUUUUGAGCCCAUACCUAGAUAAAAGUCUUCAGGAGAUAGCGAAGAUUACAUCUUUUACUAGGGUAAUUUUGAUGUGAAAUCAAGUUCUUUUUGCUGAGACUUCGAAAAGCUGAUGUUUCCAGUGUUUCAUAGAGGUCCUGCGAUUAAUCAGAACGUUUUGCUAUAAAAAUAGUAUAUUUUUCCUUUUUUGCUGUAUAUAGUGAGUGAGGAAACGUACUGGUCGCUUUGAAAUCCGAACUGCUCUUUUAGCCUUGAUGAGUGCGCCUUUGCCUCUCUUGAAAUACGAGUACCCCUGAUGUUGGUCAGUUUUUUCAUAGCAUUGUCGGUUCAUAAAAAUUUAAAAAGCUGAAAUAGAAUGAUAAGGGUUAUGCUGAGGUGUCAAAGCUCCUCCUUUUUUGCCACACCGAUCUUUUUUCUGCCAUCAGCAGUUGGAGGAUACGGUGGACAUGUGAUUCCUCUUCAGUGGUGAAUAGAUGAAAAGAUAAGACACGCCUCUUUUUCCGGCCACGCCCACAAUUUUCUUCAAGUGUCGCCUUUUGUGGUUCCAUCGCUGAAAAUGAUCCACAUUCUUAUUUUCUUAGUUUUAUGGUUUUUUUUUAUUUGAAUCAAAAAUCAACUCUCUUUGUCGUGAAUUUCUUAAUCCUUUCAGCUUCUUGUAUUACUAAUCCUGAAAAGAAGGAUCAGGUUUUUUCAAAGGUAUGUGAAGGACAAAAGAAACUCUCGAUCCGCCUUUUCUUUAUCCUUCCUUAUCAUUCUCAGAGAAAGCUCGACGAACUAUAUUUCCUUUGAGCUCAACUGCUUUCUUCUGUUUUUCUCCGUCUUUCGGCAGUUAAUUAACUCAUUUCCUCGGCAAUCUCUCUUCUGUUAUUCGUUUGUGUGUGUUUUGUGAGGCGAUCAAGCUUGAAAGGAAAUGCCUCGGGUUUGCGGCCGUCAGUUUUCCUUCCUUUCCAUAUUCUUUGGUUUUUCUCGGAGCCUCGCCGGGUGUGGUCGAAUUGGGUUACAUUCACCUUGUAUGCUUUUGUGCUCAAGGUACGUCAUGCGAUGGAAUUCGCUUGCUUUUCAUACUUCCUUGAUCAUUUUUGAAGUCUCUCGAGUUAUCCUAAAAUCGACUUUUCAGUCUUGCCGAGUCUGAUUGGCAUUUUUCGAUGGCUACGUGGAUCAUUCGACGAUAGUUUCCUAUGGUUUUCGAUGUUUGUUUUCAGUUUAUGCCAUUCAAAAGAGGCUUAAUUCAUGUUUGUAAGCAUUGAGAGGAAAAACAUUUUUUUCGUUGGGAAAUUCCGAUAUGAAAAUUGUUUUGGCGAUCUUUGGGAUGGGUUCAUGUGUUAUGGUUCGAUUCGUACUGGAGCAAGCGUCUUUUUCUGUCUUUCAGCUUCGAUUUUUGAUCUGUUCGGCGGGGCAAAAUCGUCGCCGUCUUCUUUUGUAUCUUUAGGCCCGUGCGAAGUAGAAUGGCAAACACCCGCGGGAGAAACGGACUACGUUGUUUUACAACUGUUUUCGUAGGCUUGCAAGAUCUGAUUGAAAGGGAAAUCUGUGGAAUCUUCAACCUUCUCAUGAUCUUUGUAUAAAUUUGACUUGAAUAUUGAAAGUUUUCCUUUUUUUAGUUCUAAAUGCUUCAACUCAGUAGGAUUUCUUUAAGAAUUUCGGUUUACCGUAGUCUAUUUUUACUAAGGAUACCAAACAUUUGAAUUUGAAGUAAGUGUAAAAAAAUUUUUUUUCACUUUUUUUCUUCAUUUUUUUGUGCCUCUUACAAAUCUGAAACGCUAAUAAAAAAUGUCUUUUUUUUUUUGAUUUCAUUGUCUUGACAUUCAACUUUUUUUUGAAAAUAUUCUAUAUUACCGAGUACUACAGAAAAGUCCUAACUUCCUGGUUUUAUCAGUACCUUUCAAAAGUCAGAUCAGCAUCCAUGAUACUUUCACGUGCUCGUAGCCCUAAGUGAAUUUUGAUCAUUUUCGGCGGAAAAUAAGUGUCUUUGGUACCAAAAGUGUUGCGAUUUCUUGCUUUCGAGUGUCCCCGGUCAAAGUGAUAAAAAAGGCGCUGGACUCUGAUUGUCGCGGUGAUUUCGGCUUCGUCGGGGCUGUUUGCGCGCUUUCUCAUUUCGUUUUUUGUUUGGUUUCUAGACCUAGGCGUUUAGAGCGCAACGACGUAAAAGUACACAGCGGCGGCGAUUUUUGCGGUCGCAGCUUUUUCGGCCCAAAGUUGGCUGAUUUCUUCUUUCUUUGCGAGUAAACAGCUCGAGUGCGAACACGUGAGCUUUUUCCUCGAAUUCAGCGCUUUCUUUGGAUUCUGAGGGUCUUGAAGUGUCGGACGGUUUUGAGACUUUUGGCGCAAAGAACCAAGACAAAAAGAUUUUCUUCGGCUUCGAAUAGAAGUUUUGUGAAAGAAGAUCUUUUUUGAGAGGUCGAUUGUUGAGAAAUAGUUUUUUCGUUCUAAGUUUGAUCGGAAAAGUUAGUUAAUUUGUUUAAAAGACAUAUAUAACUUCGUAUGGAUAAAGUAGCUGAUACCGUACUUUCAAAGUUUUGUGAUUCAAAGAUGAAUAAGUAAACCCCCUCUGCGAGAUAAUUUCGAUUUUUCGAACUAUGACUAAUUAUUUUUUUGCUUAUUUACAAAGAACUUGUGAAACAAAAGACGAGGAACACUCAAACGUAGAGAUUCGAAGAAAAGGUUGUUCUUCUCCAAAAAUCGCUGGUAUCCGUCAAGGUCCACUUACGCCCACAGACAUCGUCGAGUGGAGUACUGUCUUCUUCUUUUUUUUUCGGUUUCUCGGCUUUUCCCGCGAUUCCUGGGGGCGGAACGGCACUCGGCGGUUAGACAGAGUGGCUCCAUCGCAGUCGCUUUUUGAGCCUUCUUGUUAUCUUUUUUUGGUUCGAGGCGGGCGGUGAGGAGUGGCAUUCGCUCUUUUCAGCAAAGUUUCAUCAAAGUUCGUCUUUCUAUUUUCAUUUCCACACCUUCCUGUCUCAACACUAGUAGUCAAAUCUUUGUAUCAACUAUAUCCGCUGAAUAAAUUUUUAAUUGUCUUUGAACCGGAUGUUGCAUUAAUAUCUGACUACGAUAAGUUCGGCCAGACGUCUAGGCUACAGCUUGACUUAUUCCUUCUGAAAGCCCGCAAUCACCCUCUCUUUUCACGUGCCAAUUAUUAAUAAUUCGUCCUUUCUCCGCAAUAUUUUAUUUUUUCUCAAUGAAGUUUUACGAUUCGAAAUUUAUCGCUUCUCUCCAAUCCUUCUCAUUUAUUUACUCUUUCAACCAUAAACUUUCGAUAUUCGAUUUGAGGGCGUCGGCUUGUGAUUCAACAGUUUGACAUGUAUCUUUUGCUUUUUACGAUCCGCGUGAUUUCUCGGCAGGAUUUUGAUAUGUCGUUUAUUUCGCAAUUUUCGCCUCAAAAAAUCUCAAAUUUCCCACUUUCAGCUUUUUCUCGUAAUGACCUUGUUUGCCUGUUUGGUGAGCUGUACAUUGUCUUGAGUUUGUGUCUCCCGAAUCUGAUCAAUCAACUUUUAUCACUCAGACGAUAAUGGCAUGAUUUUUGUUAGAUAUACCAAUUCCUUUGUGUUUUCGGGGCGCCAACGACAGUUCCUUGUACAAAGCGUCGGACUGAUAAGCGAUGAUCGAACUCCGAAAUUUUAUUUAUCUGUCCUUGGUGAUAAAAAUAAAGUAGCUGAAAGGCGAUAGAAAGUCGUGUCAGCUCCAAGGAACAACCAACUGUUUGAACUUUUUGGCGGCAACCUGAACCCGUUGUAAGCCACUCGACAUCUUACGUCACUAUUGAGCCAAUAAACUUUUUUUCAAUGUUAGGUCCAAAAGGCUUCUAUACUCAGUUAAAAAAAUAGAUUUUUUUUUAUAGUUUCGAGACCUUUUAUUUAAUACCGGAUACUUUUGUGUUGAAGUCGCUUUUCUUUCAAAAUCCUCUUCAAAAAAAGUUUAUUGUAAAAUUUGGCACUCAAAAUCUGUAAACUGAUAAAAGGCGUACAUUUUGAAUCUAUUUUGAGCAUUUCGUACUUUUUAAUGCUACAAAAAGAAGGGCGUUUUAAGUGCUCGGAAAUCGUUUCUACUGAACAACAAACGGAGCGAUUCCAUGUAGCUUUUUGUUCAAAAAGUUUUCGAGCACUUUUUUUCGCGUCGUUUCCAAAGAUCUUGUAGUCCGUGUAUGUUACACUUGGUGCACCGGCCCUAAGGCAGGAUCUGUGUGAUUUUGACGAGUUCGGGCGGACUUCCUGGCCGCAUCUAUCAUAUCUCUUCGGCUUUUCCAUCUUCUUUUUUUUCUCUCAACUGAUAUCGAAUAGCGGAACUUAUCUCGCCGUGGGUGACGCUUUUUUUCUUUACGCUUGACCUUUCUCGCCGGUUUUAAGCUUGAAUUUUCGGAUAAACCUCCAUCUUUUUUUCGUUUUGGUCUCAGAAUCGUGAGGCUAGCAUUCAAACUUUCAUUGUUUUUCUUAUCAAAAUCAAUUGGUUUUUUCCAGAAUUAGCGCGGCACGAAGACGCGGUAACUGCGAGUGGCGGCGCUGUCAGCGGUGGCAACGACGUCAGCAACGAGAAUAAAAUGACGACGACCGCGUCUUACUCGCAAAUGAACUCCCUCAAGUCGCUGUUCAUCGCCAAUCCGCCUGAGCCGGCGACGAUCAUGUCGUCGGUGUCAGUUGGCUCGACCGACGAGUCUCUGGCUCCCAUCUCCUCGCAGGGAUCGACGCCGCCGCUGACGCCGACCAAGCGAGAGAGAUUCCUUCUUAUGCACGCGACACAGCACCGGGCCGACGAAGACGAGGACGACGACGUCUUCAACUGCGGCAGUGCCCUGGAGACGAUCCGUCGAGGUCAGGGCGCUCUUCUCGCUCGGAGCGUCUCCUUGAAGCUCAACAAACUGCUCGAAGAGCCCAAGGAGUCCGUAGCGGCUAAUGAGGUUGGUUUGUUGUCCAAAAAAAGUGAUGGUUUCUGUAAUCUUUCAACCGACUCUGUAUGAAAAAAUAUUUAUACUAAAAACUUCUAAAAAAGGAAGGUCCAUCUAAUAUUUGUUAUAUUACUUCUCAUCAAACUUCCUUUUGUACACUUUAUAAAAAAAAUUUCACGUGCUCGAUAGGUUCAUUUCGUAUGAGCCUUUUUCGCUUCCUCUCAUUCUGUAAUUUGCUUUCGAUGUUCCUCACUGAGCAGUUUUUCCAGAAGCUCUCGAACUCGACGCCGUCUUUGCCGUCGUCCGGGACCCCGAACGUCGACCGACGCAAUUCGGCUUCUUUUCGCUUCAAAGUAUCGCCUUCGACGUUCCUGAGGACCUCGCCGCUGGUCGACGCCAUCACGAAAAGCACGCCGAACUCGCCAGUCGUUCCAAGUGUUCUGGAAGCGUUGCCGAGAACGCAGUCGAUGAGCAGCACUCCCGUCUGGAAGAAGAGGUUCACCGUCUCUGAAGUUGAAAGGUAAGGCCAUUAAUAUCUAGCUCCCUUAGAAGUGUAUAGAAAAAGUCAUUCUGAUUGAAUCGGUCAUUAACGGGAAAUUAGCUCCUCUUCUAGAAAAAAAAAAUAGUCGUGUUUUUCAUCCGAAAAAUCGAUUGAGAGUUCUGAAAGAAGAGGAUUUUUUACAGCCCAAUGGGGACAGCAAAAGCUUCACCGAAGUCGAUUCUGAAGACGGUGCAGCCGUCGAUAGCGACUCCGGGCCCGCCUAAGCCACGGAGACGACGGAUCCGCUACAACAACGUCGAAGUUUUCUACUUCGACCGACAGCAGGGCGGAGCCACGGUCCCUUCGGACGGCGAAGUCACUCUGGCCAUGCAAACGCAUCACUACGCCUCGCGGAUCUACUCGCUACUCAGUGGCAGACGGCCGAAUCUGUCCUGCGUGGAUCAGGAAGAAGAGGUUUCCGUGAGGUCGAGGGAUGCGUGUCGACAGGACGGAUUGCAGGAAGAACUGUCGGAGGGCGAGCUCGCCGGUCCGGAAAGCGACAACGACGAAGAGGUGGCCACCACCAAGACCAUCUCCAAGAUCGAAGCCAAGAAACGCGUCCGAUUGCUCAAAAAGAGUGGAGUCGUUAUCGAAAGGGUCGGUUUGAGGACACUUUAUUCACAAAUGAACCUCUGACAGUAAUCAAAAAACACCGGAAGUAUUCAGAAUUGUUUCUGAAAAAUGUGAAAUUUGAGAGAAAGAGAGAUAGCCUUUCGAUUGACUAUGAUAUUAACUCUUAAACAUGGCUCAAUCUUAGAGGGGGAAUUUUUAUUUUUCAAUUUUUGAAUUAACUUCUGCGAGCAAACGUUGUCUAGAACCUUGAAGUCCUCAAAGUAUAUAUAUUUUUUAGUCGACGGAAAGUCUGGAACUCUUGCGGGCCGGCCGUCGCGCCUGCGGAUGCGAAUGUCGUGACGGAAUUUGCAGGCCGGAGACGUGCCGAUGCAUUUUGGAAGGCGUCCAAUGUCAGGUGAGCGCUGCCUUCUCUUCCUUCCUUUAGUUAGACAGAAAGGGGCUUUUUCGAGGACCUAGAUCCCCAUCUAUCAUCAAUCCAGUCGGUUCAGGUCGACGGCUUUUCGGAUUUGGACGAAAACGAGACUUUUCCGUGCUGGUGCUCCUCUGGCAACUGUGGCAAUCCCGAAGGUCGACUCCAGUUCGAACCUGAGAAGGUCCGUUUUUUCUGCCCUUUUUCAUCCAAAUCUCCAAUGUUUAGGUACGAGUUCAUCAUCUGCAAACUCUGAUGCGGAUAAGAGACAUGGAGAGAACGGUUUCUUUUUUCAUCAAAAUUUGUUUUGAAAGCUUUUUUCCAGGGUAUCUUUGAGUCGCCGAGAGUGAAGAAAUUUGAAGAUGAAGAUGAAGAGAGCGACGAGACGAACGGAAGAAAUCGCCGCCGUCGGAGCGACAGAGGCUGGCUCCUCAAUAGUGCGAUUCCUUUGGUUCGCCUAUCCUCUCUUGCGAAUUCUCACUCUCUCUCUUUCAGUUUCUCGAUGAAACGCCGAUGAAGUAUCCGGUCACGCCUACUUAUGCCAAAGCGACUCGAGCUCGGUCCGUUUUUUGCUUCCAAUUGACAAAGUGUGUUCUACUGAAUCAAGUCAAUGAAUCUGAAGCAGGCUUGUGCGUCAAGUUGGACGGCCUGUGCCGGCCCGGUUUUCGUUUUUGCUUGAGGCCGGGCAGGGCUGUGUUUAGAGAACGGCCAGGAGUCGAUAGGCUGACGGGCCGGCCCUCGCACAAGCCUGAUAGCCUGAUUUUAUGAAAUGGAGAUAGUUUCGUGAUUAAUGUUAACUCAAAGUUGCAACUUAUCUUGAAUAAAUUUUGAAAUUUAAAAAGUUUCUCACAAAAUAACGCUUUCGAAUCUUCAGACUUUCAUCCGAACAUCUACCGAAAGAGCUGAGGAAUUUGUCGGCGUGUACUCCGGAAAAAGUCGCGAAAAUGAAGACCCAAGAGGAAGACGUCUCCGAGAAGACACACUCUGACGUCAUUUCUGAAGAAGCUAGCUCUCUGACGACGGUUUGA